AUGUGGUUUCACCCCAUUCCUAUGAUCCUUUGUGGACUUCUCGUCCUGGCGGCCUUGGCCAGUGCCAAGCCCACCGUGGCCGUAGCUUUCAUGGACGUCAAGUUCGACGACAAGGCUGCCAUAUGGUCUCUUAUGCUCGACGACAGAUACAGCAGGGCCAUCGCGAUCACCUCCGGGAUCAAUGCGCACAAAAAAGCAGCCCAGGAGCUCUACGAGUAUCUCGGACGACAGAACAUUAUGCCCAUCGGUAAACGGUUCGACACGAACAAGCUGACGAUUCUGCAAGGCGAUAACGGCUUGGGGAAGGCAGCUCCCCACGAAGAGUGGUGGCGAAACCAAAGGGAACUCAGAGUCGCCGAAGCGACCGAAGCGACACUACGACCGCUGCUGCGCGGUAAUCAAGUGAGGGUCUUCCAGAUCGCACCUACAGUUCCGUCCCAGGUCAAGGCCGUCAUCGAAGCGGCGGACCCAGGCUCGAUCGACUCGUACAUGCUGUUGCACGGUUACAACAGUAGACAAAUCAACACUGAACAGCAAGUGUCGUUCCUGAGAAGUUUGCAAUCUGAGCUGCGGGAUAGAAAUCCGAUGGCCUACGUCACCUUUACCUCGUCGUUUGAUACGUACGCAAACAAAGACGGAGGCAAGCAGCCGUACACAGCUAUCCAGCACAUGUUCCCCAAGGAGGAUCUGGACCAAGCCGUCAAGGAUCCAUUCUGGUCCGGCCAGAUCCUCAAGGCGCCUUCGGAACUCAAGGUCGGUCCGUUCCGAGUUCAAGACAGAGCGCAACUGGACAGCAUGAUCUACCACGCCAGGAUGGACCCGCUGAAGAACAAAGCUAGCCGCCAGCAACUUCUGGGCUACGUUCAGGCGGGAAUCGAAGCCGGUCCGAGGCAGCCACAGCUGAAGAAUGUUCUGCAUAGGUUCGAGAACAAACUUGUGCAGGAGUUCCGUGGCAACAAUCCGGUCACGCUGGAACUCGCCGAUGCAGCUCACAUUGCAGCGUUCCAUCGCCACUUGGACAGCAUUGCAAGCCCCAGACCCUCAGGGAUGGAGCUGCGACCCAUCAAGUUCGGUGCUGGGCCGUACGCCGAGAAUGCUAGGAUCCCUUUUCAGCAAGGCUCGAACUGGGACAACCACGGCUAUCUCCUUACUGGAGCGGACAGAGAUAUUGAUCUCGAUUACAUCAAACGCUUGGCUCAGAUUCACUAG